AUGUCGGGUUCGAGUCUCGCGCCAGGACAUACAAAAAGAUCCAGAACUAGCGAUGCCUUGCGCACCGAGAAGGAUAGAACCAAGCGUCGUCGAUUUUCCAAGGGCGCACUUGAUGUUACUGAAGACGUACAACUAGCUGCUAAAGGAAAGGCGAUGGUGAAUAACACUCAGAAUGCCACUCCCACACAAGAUCCUUCUGCGCAUACUCGUGAGCAGCAGACGAAAUUCUCCCGCGAAAAUUGGUGUCUCUCAAGUCCAGUCGGUGGGCAGUAUAGCAACCUCGACCCGAUUAUCACUUCGGAUGAAGAGCAUCUUCUUGUCGGGACUGACACAGCAAUUCAUGUUCAUUCGAUUGGGACCUCUUACCGGUCCCGUACGUUACAGUUAAAGGAUGGUCAAAAAGUCGUGGGUUACAAUAUCUGCUCCGAAAAUCCGCAACAUCUUUAUAUCAUCACUUCAACUGGUUGUGUGAGCAAGUGGGAUUGGCUUUCUGGAGAUCAAAUCGCUUCUUGGGAUUUGGCCCGAGAGACACUCCUUGCUGAAUUAUGCCCCUCUGAGUUCGGGAAAUUAAGAUAUGAGCUUCUCUUUUCUUUGCGAGGGCGCAAGGAUGGAAAGAGACAGCUUACAGUCACCUUAUUCAACGGUGAAACACCACGCGACAUUGUUGUCUUUGAAACGACCCAACGAAUAGACAAUUUCAGGGUUUUCAGACAAGGACAAGCGAUAGUCGCGUGGGCUGGUCAGCGCCUUCUGCUUGGCACCAGGGAAUUGAACACGCCAGACCCGUCAACUAUGCAGUACGCCUGGAGGGAGGUCGUCCUGCCUGUCCGGGUCACUUGCAUUGAUGUUCGAGAGAGCAGAGCACGAAGUCGAACAAUACCCCAGGGCUCACAGGACAAUAACCCAGAUACUAUGGACCUUGUUUUGGGCGAAUCUGGGGGCUCAAUCUUAAUCUAUCAUGAUUUUCUUGCUCUUUUCCCUACAGGUGGUAUUGGCUCGGACGAUAGUACGGGCCUGGCUCCUCGACGGCUGCAUUGGCAUAGAGGUCCCGUCAAUGCAAUCCGUUGGUCAAAGGAUGGUAACUACAUAAUCUCAGGCGGAGAUGAGUCAGUCAUGGUUCUAUGGCAGUUAGACACUGGUCGCAAGCAGUUUUUACCUCAUCUCUCUUCACCCAUUUGCAAUCUAGUCGUUUCUACAACUGGGAAAGCUUACAUCGUGAAGCUUGCUGACAACUGUAUCAUGGUGCUGUCAGCGACAGAGCUGCAACCUUAUGUUACUAUCACUGGCCUGCAACUUUGCCCCAAAGUCAACAAGCUUGCCGAUGCAGCUCUGCCAGAGUCGCGUAUCUCAUUUCAACCUCCUGCAGCUGUAUUGCACCCACAAUUCCAUGAUCGGCUUCUAGUGGCGGUACCAGCUUCGCGUCAUGCCGCACGGGAUUAUCAUUCUACAACGAGUUCGUGCGUGCUACAGACAUACGAUAUCCGCACCAACUCUCAAAUAUCCAGGCAAGCUCUUUCACGGACCAAUGCCACCACUUUGAGGAUCAGUCCAGAGGGGACCGAAAUUGUUGCCCCGGACGUCAGUCACCUUGACAUAUGUCAGGAUGGAAAGUGGAUGGCGACGAUCGAUGACUGGAUGCCGCGCCCUGAAGAUAUCAGGGCUCUUGAACCGAAUAGUACUUCGACAGGCAGCCAUACGCUUUACCGGGAAACAUACCUCAAGUUUUGGAGAUGGGACGAAGUGUCCAAUAUGUGGGAGUUAGCCACACGUAUCAACAGCCCUCACUCCUGCGACAGCGUUUCGGUGCCUAUUCUGGAUCUUGCGUCCAGACCAUACAGUCAUGAAUUUGCAACAGUGGGCUGUGAUGCCAUGCUCCGCUUCUGGUGCGCGAGUAACAGGCCGCGCCUGGGGUUGGCAACGAAACGUCCAGAACACCAAUAUCAGACCUGGAAAUGUCGAGGUACUAUCGACCUAAAAGGCGAAUUUAUUGGUGGCGGAACUGAGCCUGCAAAUGCAGCCUGUAUGGGCUUUUCUGAGGACGGGACGGUGCUUGCUGUUUGCGUGCAAACCAGGUCCAGUCCGCGCUCCGGCCUCGUCAUCCUGGUGGAUAUGCAGAAUCGCAAGAUUCAUCACAGUAGGGUAGGGGUUUACUCGGGUCGUCCAUGUGCAGCCAGAUUCUUGGGACGCUAUCUUGUCGUUCUAUCCCUGCAUUCGGCACAUAUUUGGGAUACAGUUGGCGACAUAGUCAGAACAAUCAGUUCAUCAGCCGUUCAUGAUAACACUCCGUGUGACGAUCAACUUCUGGCCGUGAGCUCAAAGUCGCAAACCUGUGCAGUUGCCUCAAAAGUCCCGCGACAUCUGGCUGGAACGAGAAGGACGUGCGGAUCUCAGUUCGAUAUACGAGUCUAUGAUGUUCAGACCUUGUCCCUGCUUACUCGACAGUCUUUGAAGCAUUGUCCGGUAUCCCUACUCUCAGAUCCACUUACUGGGGAUUACAUCGUCGUUGAUGCCAUGGCCAAUGUGCAACGCCUCAGUUGUUCAGAUAAAGCUCCCCAGUUAAUACCGCAAUCCAAGGACGGGACCUCUCACAAUUACGGGCUUGGGGGCUUAUUUGGAACACGUUCUCGCGACAUGAGAAGGCAUGGUAAUCUUCAGCCUCUUCCAGUCAGCGGAAGCUCUUCAGCUCCGCAGUCAUCUGGGCUACCCGGGGUUUUUAAUGAUACUCCGCCAUUUGUGUUGCCUCCCACUAGUGUUCUUUUUAAAAGUCUGGUGCAAAAUCUUACAACUUGA